UGAUCGACGACAAUAAGCCGGGAGCAGGGCUGGGGAAAGGUCAAGUUAGGUAAUGGAAUGGGCCAGAUGGCGGUCAAGUGACGUUCCACACACAGCUGCUGCUAACCGGCAUCCUGUCUGUCUCUCUGUCUCUCAGUCCUUCGGUCGGUCGGUCGGUACCAGACCAGACCAGACCAGACCAGAGACCAGAUCAGAUCAGAUCAGGAGUCAGGAGUUGGCCUGGGUGUAAAUGAUCAAUCAGUAUGUGAGACUCAAUAAUGACGACAAAAUGAGUCUUUCCCUGAUGAUCUUUGUGAUCCAUCUCGCUUCUCUUCCCCUCUUUUUCCCUCCUGUUCAAGGUUCUCCCACCACUACACUCCCCCUUCUGAUCUCAUGGGGGGUAUGGGUGAUUGAUUGUACGGGCGUACAGUACCUGAAUAGUGGAGGAACACCAGACGGCAUGGCCCAGCCAACAUACCGAAGCAACAUCGGCUGUCGCCGCCAACUGGCACCCGAGUCCGUGUAUUAUUACCCAGCGUGACGCCGUGACCCAACCAGCAAGUUGUCUAGGAGGGUAGGUAAUUUACCCGACUCGACUCGGGACUCUUCCCUGAUUCACGGGUGGUGCUGCUGGGCUUUGUUUCUUAUGUACGAAGUACUGUACUCAUAAAUUGAUUUUUU